CCCUCCCUGCUGAGUUGGUGCUCAGGCUGACUUCCUGCUCUCAGCUGUGGGCCAGAGCACUCAGUCUGGAAGCCUGUGAGGAGACCCAGGAUCAGAGCUCUCCCUCCCAGGCCCUGGCAAGAGUUGGAAGAGGGAAAAUAGCAGCUUCAGCACCAGGAUGUCCACAGAACAGGACACACAGAACAUUGCCUUUGAACAUAUAUUCCUGCACUUCAAAAGACAUAAAGUGGCAAUUUCAACUGCAAUAAAAAAGCCAUUUCCUUUUCUUGAGUUCCUCCGUGACAACGAACUCAUCACCAAUAAAAUGUAUGAUGAUUUUCAAGAUUCAUGUGCAAACCUGGUCCCUUUGCAAAGAGUGGUCUACAGAGCUCUGGAAGAACUGGAGAAGAGACUCGACAUGGUGGUUCUGGGUUUACUGUUCAGUGAUGAAAACAUGAAAGCAUACCCUGAUUUGGAACUCAUUUUCCAAAGCUUUCAAAAUGUCUUACAGAACAAACUGUGUUCCCAAGGAAGUGACAGAGGAGACCCGAACUCCCAGUUAAGUCUUGACCAAGGACCUGGUGACAGCUGUUCUCAAGGAAGCCUGACCUGGUCACCCUCAGAUCCGUCCUCAUCUGAUGGCUGGAGAAUGAAUGGCACAAAAGAUACCACCCUCGCCCAGGAAAAUCAAAUUGAGAAUCAUCAAUACUCCAGCCUCCAGAUUCACAAUGUUAUAAGUUUAUGUGAAAAUGGACUCUCAGAAGACCUCUAUGGAAAAGUACAGAUUGACCAAGGGAGAAGAGACACCACUGGUGACAACACUGAUGGACUGGAAAGGGACCAAGCAGCCAUGUGUCAAGGCCCAGACUCUGAGCCAGAGGAGUCCUGUGAACUAGAAGUCCACCAGAGUAACAGACCACAGCUACGAAGCCAGGGAACCCAAGUUUAUCCCUGUUCCAUGAAACUGGGAGACAUAAAGCAGGAAAAUUCAUCAUUUGUCUUGGACAGUGAAGAGACCAAACCAAGGACCAGUCACAAUCAGGCAUCUGAGGUCAUAGACCUCAGCAUUGAGGAUUCUGAUGAUGGAAUCAACUGCUCGGAAGAAUCCACCUCUGGCAUCUGCCAGUCAGAGCCUGUGGAUUCCAGAAAAUCUCCCACACUCAGAAAAACAUGUAUGAAAAGAGAUACUUCUAAUACUGAGAGCUCAGGCGCCAGAAAAAGACUAAGAAAGAUAAGAGAGAAAAAGGAAGACAGUCAUGGAAAAUACUUAAUUCGGAACAUCAAAAUCCCAGUGGACACAAGCUUCAUAAAAGGUUACACAAUGAGACGUAUCAACUCUUCUUCACAAAGAGGCAGAAAAAGAGGUCCAAGAAUUCGCAGACAAUUCAAUGUGAAUUUUGUCUGUCCUGAGCUUCCGGUGACCUGUGGUACUGCUAAGGGGACUCUGUAUAAGGAGAAAUUUGAGCAAGGCAUCCAUGCUAAGAGUAUACGGAGUGAGACUGGACGUUGGUUUACUCCCAUGAAAUUUGAAAUCAAAGGAAACCGCGGAGAUUCCAAGAACUGGAGGCAAAGCAUACGUUGCUAUGGAUGGCCCCUGAAAGAACUGAUAGAGGAUGGAUAUCUGCCAGACCCACCAAGGAAAAGGGGGAAGAAGGGAAACCCACCAAACCGACAGCGAACAAGGAAAAAGCUGGAAAAUUCAAAACAGUGUACAGUGUGCGGCCAACGACGGAGGUUGUACCAAUGUGCUAUUUGUAGCAAAUUCUAUCAUAAGAGAUGUCACAUCCCACCUGUGGAAGUCAAGAGUGGCCUGUGGAAUUGUGUCUUCUGCAUGACAAAGGAUCAGCUAAGGUGCCAAGAAAAUCGAGCACAUCAUAAGGAAUCUGAGGUCCUGAGGAGGGAGAUGUUGCCUGAGGAGCAGCUGAAAUGUGAGCUGCUUCUCUUGACUAUCUACUGCCAUUCAAAGAGUAGAUUUUUUAUCCCCAAACCAAAGCAAAGGAAAGAGGACUUUCCAGACCUCCAGGAGCACAUGUGGCUAAACAAAAUCAAGUACAGGCUCAACAAGAAGGCAUACCAUUCAGUACAACAUUUUGUGAAGGACAUGCGCCUCAUCUUUCGGAACCACAGCAUAUUUUAUAAUAACCACAAGUUCAGCUAUCUUGGAGUCACAGUAGGAGAGCUAUUUGAGAAGACUUUCAAAAGAAUUUUUUCAAUCAAAGAUGCAAGCAAAUAACUCCAACCCUGUAACCACAUUGUUUUGUUAACUUAGCCCUUUCUAUUCUCUCCACUACCCAUCCCUCCAAGCACAGUGCUCAGAGAGUCCACUGUCCACUCUGCCUUCUAUGCCAACACUCUGACACGCAUCUGCUUCUGCCUCAGUAUUGCCCUUCCUGUUCAAUUAUCUUCCUAAAUAAAACUUAACACUUGCAAUUACAUCACAGUAGUGAACUGUCAGGUGCUGAGGGAGCCCACUGAGGACAUGACUCUGGAGGCAAGAUCAUACUGCUCCCCCAUUUUAACCCAAAUAUGUUUGUCUCCAAAUGUCCUCCAAAGUAUCUUUUCUAAGGAUGACCUGGCCCCUCUUACCCAGUGGCUGGACAGAGAAACCAGCAAAACAGGUCCAAAGUGGAAACAGUGUCCUUGGGAACAGGUAGAAGGUGAACCACUUCUAACAGAUAUUACACUUGUUUAUCCUGUUUACUCUUCAACCUGGAAGCCUCACCAGAUGCUAACUCUGCUCUGCCCUGGAUUGCAAUGGGAGCUCUGCCACCCCCUCCCCCCACCUCUACAUGACGUCCCUGGUCAGCUCCCCCUGGAUAUUUCAAGCACACAAUUAAUGAUGUUUUGUUGUUUUUACAUUUACUCUUUUGCUUUGGCUUGCUACAUACUUAAUAAACUCACUCAUUCAAAACUGAAA